AAGUCUUCUUUUUAUACAAACACGAAGUGAGCGAGCUUUUCUUGAUCAGGUGCUCUUGACGGAGGAAACCCUUGGGCGGAAAAUACUUGUGAGAAUGGACAUGGGAAAGAGCUCGGAGGCUAGAACGAGUGGCGGUGAGCCGUUGGUGAUUGACUAUGAGGUCUUCUUAAGUUUCAGGGGGCCAGACACUCGUAAAGGAUUCACCGAUUGCCUUUACCAUAAUAUGCUAGAGGCGAACAUCAGUGUUUUCCUCGACGAGGAAGAGCUCCACGUCGGUAAGAAAAUAGCUGAUGAGCUACCGACGGCCAUCGAAAAGUCAAAGAUCUACAUACCCAUUUUCUCUAAAGGUUACGCUUCGAGUGCGUGGUGCCUUCGUGAACUUGCGCACAUGGUGGAGGAGUGCACGAAAUCCAAAGCAUCCGAGAAGGAGAUUAUGCCGAUUUUCUAUGACGUGGAACCCCGCGAUGUUAAGAUGAAGGAGUCUCAACUGUAUAUCGGCGCUUUGGAUAAGCAUGAGAAGGAGUUCGGCCUUGAGAUGAGGCUAAAGUGGGAGGAUGCCCUCAAAACUGUCGCCCACAUCAAAGGAUGGGAGUUGAAAGAUCAAGGGUACUGGAAAUUCAUUAAAUCGAUGAUAGAGGAGAUUUUGAUGAAGCUGAAAACGAAAGACAAAUUAGUAAGCCAGCACUUAGUUGGAAUGGACGAUCCAGUGAAAGACGUUGAGAAGUUGUUGGAUGUGGACUCCCAGGGCAUGCGCGUUGUACUUAUCCAUGGAAUGGGCGGAAUCGGUAAAACGACUCUCGCUAAGGUUGUGUUCAACAAACUGAAUUCCCACUUCAGUCAUUGCUGCUUCGUCCAAGAUGUCCGGCAAACGUCGCUCAAGUCCCUCGAAACUUUACAGAAACGACUAUUAUCUAUCAUGUUUGGUUCGAGCUUUCAUGAAAAAAUCAAUGAUGUCGACGAUGGGAUCAAGGAGAUCACAAAGCGAAUUUCUAACAAGAAAGUCUUGAUCGUUCUCGACGACGUAGAUAAUAAGGAACAACUUGAGAAACUCGCCAUCAAUCACAUUUCGUUUGGCUCAGGAAGUAGACUUAUCAUGACAACUAGGGACAGAAGCCUCAUUGUAUUACCCAACCAAACUUUGGAGUAUGAAGUGAAGCCAUUGGAUUCCAUUCAAUCAUUUGACCUUUUCAAUAGACAUGCUUUCAGAAGAAAUCCUCCUCCAGAUGAUUAUGUCGGUCUGUCGACAAAAGUAGUUUCUACGGCUGGAGGACUUCCCUUGGCUCUUGAAGUCAUAGGCUCAUUACUUUAUCGUCAAAAGAAAGCCUCGUGGAUGGAUGUACUAGACGAUUUGAGGGUAAUACCAAACGAGAGGGUUGAGGAGAAGCUGAAGAUCAGCUACAAUGCCCUAAAUCACAAGCAAAAACAAAUCUUUCUCGACAUCGCAUGUCUCUUUUUGAAUGAAGACCAAAUGAAUGCAAUCUACAUGUGGAAAGAUUGUGGAUAUGGGGGGAAUUAUUCUAUUGACGUCCUUGUCUGCAGGUCCUUGAUAAAGAUAACUGACGACCACAAAUUCUGGAUGCAUGAUCAAUUGAGAGAUCUCGGGAGGAAAAUAGUUUGUGAAGAUACGCCAAGCAAGCAAAGCAGGUUGUGGGUUUCGAAGAUGGCAAAUAAUAUCAUAAGAACAGAAGAGAUAAAGGAGGCCACUGAAGCAAUCUGUUUAGAAAAAAUUGCAUUAGAAACCUAUACAAGCAAAGAGUUUUCAAGGCUUCCAAACCUAAGGUUCCUCAAACUAUGUGGGGGACAAUUCGAUGGAGACUUUGAGAAUCAGCUCUCAGAGUUAAGAUACUUGUCCUGGUAUCGGUGUCCUCGAGAGCUCUUGGCCAUCAAUUUCCAUCCUCGCAAUCUUGUAGUUCUCAACCUGUCUUAUAGUUCCAUCACCGAGAACUGGGCUGGAUGGAGUGAAAUCAAGGUUGCCAAGAAGCUUAAAGUUUUGGAUCUCAUGGAUUGCUUUCACUUGACCAAGACUCCAGACUUCUCUCAUUAUACGAGUUUAGAGAGAUUGAUCCUUAAAAACUGCCAGAGUCUGAUUGAAGUUGAUGGUUCCCUUGACAAGCUCAAGUGCUUGAUUUACUUCAGUGCGAAUUGGUGUACGAGUCUUAGGGAGUUGCCCGAAGGAAUCGGAUGGCUAGAGAAGCUCGAGUACUUGUAUUUAGGCAAUUGUAGGAAGUUGGAGAAGCUGCCCGAAUCAUUUAAGAGAGUGGCAUCAUUGGUAGAGUUGGAUCUCUCAUAUACGGCCAUCACGAGAUUACCCGACUCCAUUGGUAGCCAACAUCGCUUGUCAGUACUUAAACUGCAAUAUACAAAAAUCAAUGAACUUCCUAGUUCUAUUGGGAACCUACGAAAACUUAAGUCUCUCGAUCUAUCAUUUACUAAAAUAAGGGAACUCCCUGUGUCGAUUGGGAACUUGGAAUCGCUACUCGAGUUGGAUGUCUCUCAUACGAAAUGUCUCCGGUUACCUGAAUCUAUCGGAGACCUAAGUAGAUUAAAAGUCAUCAAUAUUUCGCAUUCUUCGAUAACGGAGCUACCACGGAGCAUUGGCGCACUAAAAGAGUUGGAAGAGCUGUAUGCCACGAGGUGCUGGUCUCUGAAAUGGGAAAUUCCCGAGGACAUUUGGGAAUUAUCGCUUUUGAGAGUCCUUGACUUGAAAUCAACCCCUAUUGGAAAUGUUCCAGCAACGAUCAAACUACUUCCUCACCUAGAGAAAUUGGAAUUAUGUGAUUGUGGCAAACUCGAAGAAUUGCCUGAGCUUCCCACAAGUUUGAUAAGGCUAAGCUUCGGAUCAAGUUCGUUGCGGUCGGUUCCGAAUCUCUCAAGCCUAACUAAAUUGGCGGAUUUGGCCUUCAGUGGUCGUGGCCUGAACAGUCCUUUGUUCUCACAAGAUGGUCCAUGGCUACAAUUCCUCACGCACCUUCCACCGUCUCUGUCAACAUUGUCACUUAAAUGUCAUAAAUGCACAACCAGUUUGUCCUUUCAUUGCAAUUUGAGAAACUUGACAUAUUUGCUCAUUCAUACGUGCCGUUGGAAGGAAGUCCAAGUCGAUGGGCUUGAACAGUUGAUUGAAUUCAAAGUGAUAACUGCAGAACUCCUCAAGGGAUUUGCCGGUCUUUCAAGGUUGAAAAGGUUGAAGCAGUUGACGCUGAUCAAUUGCCCAAAUCUAACUGCGAUCCAAGGUCUUGGUUCGUUGGAGUCGUUGGAGCAAUUGCAUAUAGACAGGUGUCCUAAGAUUGAAAGUCUAGAUGAUCUAUCGGAUUUGAAAAAGCUGGCGUCCUUGAGGAUUGAAGAUUGCUAUGAGCUUCUGGCGGUUAAGGGCCUGGAUGAACUAGAGGCUCUCAAAAUUUUGAUAUUUGUCAAUUGCAGGUCAUUGAGAAGUUUCCCUAGCGUACUCAAUUGGAAAGUACCAGACGAGUGCACACUGUUAAUUCUCGGCUGCCCAAAUUUAGAAGAAAGUUUUUUUGGAGGCGACGUCAGCGAGUACAAGCAACGGAAACUCCGGGAAGAAAGAGGGAAGAAAAGAAAGAGCAGUGAAAGAAAGAUGAGGCGGCCAUUCUCUCGGGCUAGAAAGAUGAGGCGGCCAUUCUCUCGGGCUUGGGCUCUCGUGUUGCCCAAAUUUAGAAGAAACUUUGUUUAUAGACAGUCAGCAAGUACAAGCAAUGGAAAGUCCGGGAAGAAAGAGGAGAAGAAAAGAAAGAGGAGUGUAAGAUGGGGCGGCCCUUCUCUCAGGGGAAGAAGAACGUUCGCAUGUUAG